AUGGCAGCAGAACAAUGUCAUGUAAUGAUGUUCCCAUGGCUAGCAUUCGGACACAUGCUACCAUUCCUUGAACUCUCCAAAAAAUUAGCAGCAAAAAACAUCUUAGUAUCCUUUGUCUCCACCCCAAAAAACCUACAGAGGUUGCCUCCAAUUCCGUCCAGUUUAGUUGGCCGAAUAAAGCUGCUCGAGAUUGCAAUGCCACAGGUUCCUGGUUUGCCUGAAAACUGCGAGGCAACCAUUGACCUUCAAGAAGAGCAAGUGCAGUACUUAAAAAAGGCAUAUGACAAAUUAGCCAAACCACUAGAGAAAAUCUUGGAAGAAAAAGUACCAGACUUGAUAGUAGUUGAUUUUGCACCAUAUUUGAUCCCAGAAAUUGCUGCGAAAUUUGGUGUGCCCACUGCAUUUUUUAGUGUAUACACAGCUGCGACAUUAGCUUAUGUGGGGCCACCAGUGGAACUGAAGUCUGGCAGUCGACGAACAAGCCCAGAACAUUUUACGAGGCCACCGGAAUGGAUCCCUUUCCCUUCUCUCGUAGCACACAGGUCUGAUUAUGCAUCAAAAAUGAUGCGUAACGCGCACGUUCCUGACGCAUCAGGCGUGUCCAGUGGCCAACGUAUAGCCAAAAUUGUGGAAGGAUGCAGCUUUGUCAUAGUGAGAAGCUGUAAAGAGUUCGAGGGAGAAUACAUAAAUCUCGUUGAAGAACUUUAUCAGAAGCCAAUUCUGCCAAUUGGAGUUCUCCCACCCAUAUCAGACGGAAACAUGAGCCACAUGGCAAUCGAUACAAGCUCGACCAGUACUUUUAAAUGGUUGAAUGGCCAACAACCCUUAUCGGUAUUAUUUGUGGGAUUUGGGAGUGAGUAUAAGAUGCCUAUCGAGCAAAUCCAUGAAUUGGCUUUUGCACUUGAGCUUUCUAAACAACCCUUUUUGUGGAUUCUAAGGAAGCCAGAAGGUAUAGAAAACUCAGACUUGCUGCCUCCUGGAUUUGCCAACCGUACUUUAAACCAGGGUAUUGUUACCCUUGGUUGGGUACCCCAAUCUGAAAUACUCGCUCAUCCUGCAAUUGGAGCAUGUCUCUUCCAUUCUGGUUGGGGUACAAUAGUGGAAGCUUUAUGUUUUGGACACCCAUUGAUUCUUCUGCCAAUGGUAGCCGACCAAGAACUUAAUGCCAAGCUGCUGACGGAAAAAGAAAUCGGCUAUGAAGUCCCAAGGAAUGAAGAUGGUUCUUUCGAUCGGGACAUGGUUGCCAAAUCAGUCAGAAAAGUUAUGUUAGAACCAGAGGGAGAGCCAUUAAAGUUGAAGGCCUCACUUACGAGAAAUGUUUUCAACAAUCAGGACCUCCACGACAGUUACAUAAACAUGUUCAUCCAGCAUCUGAAGAAAUAUAAAGAUUCUAACUAA